GCGGAGAUUCCACGGGCAACAACACAGUGUGACAGCGGCGGCUGAGCAGAGCGGCGGUGACCGCGGUGACAGGGGGACUCCUGCCGAGCGCCGGGGGACGAGCACCGGCCUUCUCCCAGAUUACAGCGCUGACAUAGUAGACAUGUGAUUGUUCCUCUGUGGAUUGGAAACCCUGAGCCGGAGCUGAAGAUGGGCCUCCUGUACUUGGUGGAGCCAAUAAUGGCCAUCUACUGCUUUGCCAAUUUCGUCAGCUUCCCCGUGAUGCAGCAGUUCGUGUAUCACAGACUCUGGGAGAUCGAGUUUAACUCCAGCGUCGUCUUCAAUGACAGCAUAUCAAAUUGCGUAACAAACCAAAGUGACCCCAUCUAUAUCCAUCAGAAGGAGGUCCAAAAAAAAGCGUCCGCCUUCAGUACCACUCUGGACUUAAGUUCGCUGAUCCCAAGUUUGGUAAUGGCAAUAAUCCUGGUGUCCUACGGUGAUCGACAUGGACGCAAAGCCUCAAUGCUGCUGCCCUCUAUAGGCGGCUUACUGUCCGUCAGUUCAUUCUGUUUAGUUUCCUUCUUCGACCUGCCCCUUCGUUUCUUAUAUAUAUCCUCCGUCUUGAGUGGAUUCCUGGGCGGCUUUACUACUUUUAUCGGAGGUUGCUUUUCUUACAUAGCGGACAUAGCUAAAGGCGUGCAGAAUAAGAACGUCCGCAUAGCUUUUAUCGACAUGAUCCUUGGGGUGUCGAUUGGGGUGGCAGGGAUCACUUCUGGGUAUAUCAUCAAGGCAAUAGGAUUUACGUUGUCCUUUGUCGUCCCGGUGUCUCUGCACAUCUUCAAUAUUUUCUAUAUUCUUUUUAUACUGGAAGAGACUGUGAAGAGGUCAGAGUUUCAGCAGAAUGUGCUGAGUAAGGAAGGCUUCAAGGAGCUUUUCUCUGGCGUUUUUCUACUUUUUAAGCAUGCGUCCUACAAGAAGCGGCUGACCAUUGGCAUGCUCCUGUUUGCCUUUAUGUCCUAUCUGUUUAUCAGUUUUGGAGCCUCAAACCUCUUCACCCUUUACGAGUUGGACUCCCCACUCUGUUGGGAUUCUGUACUUAUUGGAUGGGGGUCAGGCCUGUCCACGUUCGACUAUGUCGGAGGUUUCCUCGGCGUUUUUCUGUUUACACGUUGUCUGAAAGAUGCCCACAUCGUCUUCAUUGGAAUAUUGUCUUGGAUCAGCGGCAGUGCGAUGGCAGCCUUUUCCACCACAACAGUCAGUAUGAUGUUAGUGAGGGUUCCUCUGGUGUUUUUUUCAAUGCCCCUUCCAAUCUUCAGGGCGAUGAUGUCCAAAGUGGUUUUGGAAAACGAGCAAGGAGCGCUGUUUGCUUGCAUCGCCUGUCUGGAGAGUUUAACGGGGAGCCUGUCUUUUGCCACGUUUAACAGCAUCUACGGGGCCACGGUGGUGUGGUUUUCCGGGUUUUCCUUCCUAUUAUCUGCCUUCCUCUGCCUAAUCCCAUUCGCCGUGGUGUGGAUUUUGCUUUGCAUCGGGUAUGAAGAAACGGACCACGUUCUUCUGAUUAAUGAAGAAUCCAAUACUGAAGUGCAGCCCUCCAAUAAUAUCUGACUGUCAAGCAUUUCAGGAGAACCAGCGAAUCUCUCUGUCUUUGUAGACAGAGUGGUAUGAAUUAUUGUAGAACCGCCAAUUGCUGUAUUUUCGGGACUAUAAAACACAUUUUUGUAGCAAGAAAAAGUCUUGCUAAAAAGUGCCUGCAUCUUAUAGUCUGCAGCCCAGGUGAUCCAGCAGUGCCAGACCUCCCGGACUGCGGAAGAGCGCUCAUACAGCACUGCUGGAUCAGUAAAAGAGCUGUGCGCCUGCACACUUCUCUCUCCCCCUGCCUGACACCAGCCUGUGAGAUCAGUGCAGGCAGGAGAGCUCCCGUCCAGCACUGCUCCUGUCCUGAACUUCCAGCACUGCCGGGGUCGCAUAGCAUUGUAUUGAUUUAUGAUGCUAUGUAACCCUUAGAGGUCUGGAAUGCAUUGGAUAAAACUGACCUAAUGCUGUCCAGUCUUAUCCAGUACAUUAUAGACCUCUAAGGGUUACAUAAAUCAAUACAAUGCUAUGAGACCCCGUCGGUGCUGGAAGUGCAGGUCGGGUGCUGCGCUGCGAGUCUGCAGAGUGACACUCGCUCGUCUGAAAGUGUCCUUAGGGCGCCUCCACACACAGCAAAUUUUGUGGCAGAAAAUGCGGCAACUGAAAAUCAGUUUCAUUCACCUGCAGAAAUCCAUGCGCCUGCUGCCUCGUUCAAAUGACUGGAAUUUUCUGCCACAAAAUCUGGCGCGUGUGAAGGCGUCCUUACCUGACCUCUUCUCUAUAGAUGGUAGGCUCGUAUCGGCAGGGCGCUGUACCUUACUUUCGUUUGUAGCUGUUACCAGUGUUACCUCAAUAUUGUGCGGUGAAAGUUUACGGCUUUAUGUAGAUAAAUAAUGUACUCCUUGAUUUGAGUAUCUAAAUAAUGUCUAAAAUAGGAGAGCCACUAAUACUAGUAUAGAGGCUUAUGCACAUACGGGUAGGAUUCCCUCCUUCACAAUACUCGCACCUCUGCCCUCUACACAGCCUUGGAUGAAACCCUUAGGACAGGGAAGCUCAACCUUCAGCCCCCCAGCUAUUGCAGAACUACAACUCCCAGCGUGCCCUAAUAGCUGUAGGCUGUCCAGGAAUGCGGGGAGUUGUAGUUUUGCAACAGCUGGAGGGCCGCAGGUUAAGCAUCCCAGCCUUAGGACAUAAUGGGGCAGUAAAGGCCAUUUAGGCCUCUUUCAGACGAGCGUGAUAGAUUAGGUCCGGAUGCGUUCAGUGAAACUCUCACUAUUUUGCAAGAAAGUUCAGUCAGUUUUGCCUGCGAUUGCGUUCAUUUGCUUAUUUUUU